AACGGGCAGCUAUGCCGCGCCGUGCGGAAAACGGGCUGGACGCGUCCGCUUGGAACAACGGCCGGUGCACCGGAGGACUCACCCGGGGACUGCAAGACCGGGAAGGCGGCUGACAGGCGUUCGCAGCGAGACUCUCCCCCGGGGACAACGCUCCUGCCAAAACACCGCGGAGGAAAAGCAGCGAAGCGAGCGGUCGACGAAUCCGCUGCUUCUCCUGCUUCUUCCCCCCCCCCUCCUCCUCCUCUCCUCUCCUCUCUCCUCUCUCCUCUCUCCUCUGUCCUCUGUCCUCUCUCCUCCGCUCUCGGCGCCGCAAGAGAAACAGCGAGACGUCAGCAAUGUCGCUGCUCAACGUGUAGGAUUUAUCCCCGCGGUCCCUUUCUGUUUGUAUCGACUGUAAAUACGACCGAGCGGAGACACUCGGCAGCGGGGUUCACUAUGGUUCUAUUGGCGGUCCGCGAUAGGAGAUGUCUCCACGGCUGCUGCGUGGGGACGCUCUGCUUGCAGUUGCUGCUGUGGAUUUUAUGCGCCGUGAACGGCGAGGAGCAGCCGUUCAGCGUCGAGUCAUGGCUCCAGAGGUACGGCUACCUCCCUCCCGCAGACCCCAGAAUGUCGGUGCUGCGUUCUGCUCGAGUCAUGCAGUCCGCUAUCGCUGCCAUGCAGCGCCGCUACGGCCUCAAUGUCACAGGCUCUCUGGACAGCAGCACUAUAGGUGAUAACACGAUAAGGUGGAUGAAGAAGCCAAGAUGUGGGGUCCCUGACCAGAUAGGAGGCGCAUCCAAAUUCAGUGUCAGGAAACGUCGGUACGCCCUCACCGGACAGAAGUGGCAACACAAACACAUCACGUACAGCAUAAAGAACGUGACGCCCAAAGUGGGCGCGGAAGAGACCCACGACGCCAUUCGGCGGGCCUUCGACGUCUGGCAAAAUGUGACGCCGCUGCGCUUCGAGGCUGUGCCCUACAGGGAGCUGGAGCGGACCAAGAAAGACGUGGACAUCACCAUCAUCUUCGCUUCGGGUUUCCACGGCGACAGCUCGCCCUUUGACGGCGAGGGCGGCUUCCUGGCCCACGCCUACUUCCCAGGGCCGGGAAUAGGGGGCGACACACACUUUGACUCAGACGAACCGUGGACACUGGGCAACCCCAACCAUGACGGUAACGAUUUGUUCCUGGUGGCGGUCCAUGAGCUCGGCCACGCACUUGGCCUCGAACACUCCAACGACCCCACGGCCAUCAUGGCUCCUUUCUACCAGUACAUGGACACCGACAACUUCAAACUGCCCAUGGACGACCUGCUGGGCAUCCAGGAUAUUUAUGGGCCUCCUGAUAGACUUCCCCCGCCCACCAAGCCUUUGCCGACGGCGCCCCCUCCCCGCUCCCUUCCUCCAUCGGACCCCCGUAAGCCGGACAGGCAGACACGACCUCCGAGGCUGCCCCCAGGAGACAGGCCGUCUCACCCGAACGCUAAACCCAACAUCUGCGAUGGGGGCUACAACACCCUCGCCAUACUGAGGAGAGAGAUGUUCGUCUUCAAGGAUCACUGGUUUUGGCGGGUGAGAGAUAACUCGGUCAUGCCGGGAUACCCCAUGCUCAUCAGUGUCUUCUGGAGAGGCCUUCCUCCCAAGAUAGACGCCGUCUACGAGAACAGCGAGGGCAAGUUUGUCUUCUUCAAAGGGAAACAGUUCUGGGUGUUUAAGGACACAGUGUUGCAGUCUGGAUACCCCAAGGACAUCGCCCAGUUCGGCCACGGCAUGCCGGCCCAGAGCAUCGAGACCGCCGUGUGGUGGGAGGAUGUGGCCAAGACCUACUUCUUUAAAGGGGACAGGUACUGGCGUUACAAUGAGGAGAUGAGAACCAUGGACCCCGGCUAUCCCAAGCCCGUCACAGUGUGGAGAGGUGUGCCUGACUCGCCACAGGGGGCCUUCGUCGACAAAGCCAACGGUUUCACCUACUUCUACAAGAGUAAGGAGUACUGGAAGUUCAACAACCAGUUCCUGCGAGUGGAGCCGGGCUACCCGCGCUCCGUCCUCAAGGACUUCAUGGGCUGCGAGCUGACGCCCGUCGCCCCCGCCCGGCCACCCGGCGACGACGGCAGCUCGGACGUGGUGAUCGAGCUGGACAACGAGGCCAACACGGUGAAGGCCAUCGCCAUCGUCAUCCCGUGCGUGCUGGCGCUGUGCCUGCUGGUGCUGGUCUACACCGUAGUGCAGUUCAAGAGGAAGGGGACGCCGCGCCACAUACUGUACUGCAAACGCUCCAUGCAGGAAUGGGUCUGAAACGUCGGGCGGCGGUGUGAAGGUGGGGCGGGGGGGCGGGGCGAAGAAAACAGGAACGACAGCCCCCACUUUCACGGAGGAGGACUGUGGACUUUGGACAUCCUGUGUGACAACACGCAGCCACGUGUCCUCCUCUUUAGGGCGAUCUGAUACCUUCGCUCAGACCCUCAGAACCAAGCAGACUAGCCUGUCGGCGGGCCCCUCACACAGAAGGUGACCCCAGGACUUAGAAUUGGACUCCGCUAACCCUCAGCCUUUUUAACAAACGGGGGAGCAGAGGGACAGUUCUUGGGGGAUCGUUCCCUGAUAUGACAGUCAGUCCCAGUAGAAAACAAGGAGGAUCAGUAUCACUUUGUAUCUCAGAAACUUGACUUCCGAUCCCCAUUCCUCUUUUUUUUUUCUUCGCCAGACUGCUCUUAAUCAGAAGGAGGACUUACACGGGAGACGCGCCCUCUUUCCACAGGGCACUGCAUUGCCAUCCGUCAUAUCAGGUUGUUGAUGAAACAACUGUUUUAUAUUUUCUCAUCUCAGUGCCCCCCCCCCCUCGAUUCAUAAAAAGAUUUACAGUCUCAGACAAACACGAGUUAAUCACAUGACCAACCUUCAAUCCCUUUUCUAAUCCUCUUAUUUUCAAUCUUUUGAGUCAGGAGGUCCUCACCGUUCCCUUUAACACGCUCCUGAGGAAGAGACCAAACGAAACCAAAUAAAAUCAAUUUCUCUCCAAAGAGGAUUACAUUUGUCUUUCUUUUCUUUUCUUUUUUGUCAUUUCAGUUCAUCUUUUCUUCCCCUCUCUGGAUCCGUGCAGCGAUUGAGAGUCAGGGAGCUCUGACUGUUGUGGCAGUCUGUUUGAGACACAGGGGCCAAAUUAUUCUGCAAUAUUUUAACUCGCCUUAAUUAUCGAUCAUACUACUUGUGCUUCGUUUUGCUGUUCUUGGAGUUGUCUUUUUUUUUUUUUUGUAUACUGCUUUUGUUUUUAUUUGUUGUUUGUAAUUGGUAUUUCAUGGUUUUUAUUAUGUUACCCAGAGUUCUCAGCACUGGCUUGCUGAGCCAUUCUGGACAUAAUAUACAGUAGGGUCAGCCUGUAUUGAGAGUAAUGUAUUGUAUCUUAAAAAAGACGUAGGAAGGUUCUGGAGUAAAGCCACUAUUUUUGUGUGUUAAGAUAUGUGUUACUGUUUCUUUUAAUCAUUUCCAUACAACAUAAAUCAGGCUGAUUAUGAGCUUGAGAGCUUGUUAUUGGAUUUUCUGAUGAUCAUUUGUGUCCUCAGCCCAUAUUCCCCUUAGUUAGAAGAUGUGUGCAUCCAAAAUGGUGACUCUGUAUGGUUAUUCGUGAAUGGACAGACCAUUUCCUAAAAUAAUCCUGUUGACUGCCUUGUUUGAGAGAGCUCACAGUUCCCAGAAUGCUCUUGUCUCCUGACUGAGGACCCACAACGUGAGACACCAAGUCAAGAUCAGUGCCUGUAUCAACGUGCAUGCAAGCAUUUACUGAACAUCCAGCCGGUUCUGCUGAGCGUGGCUCUGGAACCCCUCGAAGGAGGAGGAAGACGUUUCCUCUAGAAAAUACUGUUUGCAUUUGUUUUUUGUAAAUUUUAAGUGUGCAUUUCCCCCCCCCCCCCCCCCUUACCUCCUGGUACAUUGAAUAUCCG